AUGCCAAAGGGGCCAAACGCCACAGAAGCACCGGCUGCCCAGGUCCCAGCUUUCGUGGCGAACAGCACUGGAGGGAGCAACUCCGGCAAAACCCCAGAAGCCCUCCAGGAAGCGCAGCCUCUUUUGCCCCCCGAUGUCUCACAGGACCUCUCCCAGGUGUCCGAAGUGAGCAGCGCAAGCAAUGCAAGCAAUGCAACCUCACUCCGUGCCAAGAAGUCCUCAGCUUCGUCUGGUUGGGUGGGCUGCUGGUACUACGGCUGCCGCGGCAGCUACCAUCCGGAGUUCUACUGCCAGUGCAACGCACAAUGCAAGCGGUUCGGGAACUGCUGCUAUGACUACGGUAGCCGGUGUUGGCGCCAACCGCAGGACAGCCGGCGGCGGCGUCGCCGGGCACCGCCGCCCUCCCCGCCAAGGCCAGAACUCAGUUCCCAGGUGGCCGGCUACCACCAGACCAGUCCGCACGUGUGCAAGUUGAUCAUCAACUCCGCCUUCCGGCCGGGAUCGGAUGGCCACUGUGGGGGGGCCAUCUACUUUGCCAUGUCGCCGGAGGCGACGAAGACCAAAGCUAUCGGCAACGACUCGAAGAGUGGAUGCAUCAUCAAGGCAAUGGUCGAUGUGGGUCGCGUCAAGCACGAGGGUGCGAACUGCGGCCACAAGUGGACAAAGCAGGAGUUCCUGCAGACCGGGUAUGAUUCGAUUCGCUUCGAUCCGGGAGACGGAGACGAGAUAGUCAUCUUCGACAGCUCAAGGGUCAAGAGCAUGAGCAUCAUCCCGUUCAACAAUGCCUGGAGGCCGACCUACUCAGUCCGCUGA